AUGUUGGGCGGUCUCGUGGACGAGGCGAAUGUUCCGCCAGAAGAUCGGUCAGCCAAAAGUCCUAGCAAAUCUGCCUUGUUCUUAAAGUCAAGAACAAAAAGGCUAAAAAAGGUUGAUGAGUCCAGAGUUGACGGGUUCCUCGACAGAGCUCGACAGGGAAUUCACUGCUCGUUUUGCGGUGGUGUGAAAUGCAAGCAUGAAAGCUGGAUGGCACUAAAGGAAAAGCGGGCAGAUACAGCAAUAGAGGGCUUGAAUUCAAACUGGGUAGGGACAGAUGUGAUUGCAAGUCAGCGACCGUCAACCUCGUUAUUUCUGAAAUAUCUCCUUAUCCAGCAAUUCAAGGAAAAACAUAUUACAGGAGUAUUCAAUCUGCAAGAGAAAGGUGAACAUGCGAGCUGUGGGCCUGAUGGAGUUUACGCGUCUACUGGUUACAGUUACAACGGGGAGGAGGAUUUGAUGAGGCACAACAUUAGUUACUAUGAGUUUCCCUGGCCUGAUAUGACAGCGCCGCAACAGGACAUUGUGCUGCGAAGCGUCCAAGUGAUGGACUACCAUGUCAAGAACUCUGGUAAGGUUCUUGUUCACUGCCAUGCGGGAUUAGGACGAACUGGACUCAUGAUUGCAUGCUAUUUAGUUUACAGCCAGCAUAUGCCAAGUGCAGAGGUUAUAAAACUUGUUCGGCAAAAUCGACCUGGAGCCGUUCAAACUUCAAGACAAGCACAGUUUAUUUACGAUUUUGAACGGCACUUGUGGAGGCUUACUCAGGCGUUUCGAGUGGAAAUAUCUGAUGCAAUUAUUGACAUCGAACUGUUUCUACAGCGACAGCGUCUUGUGUUACACGGAGAACAGGCGGAUUACUACCGUUUCAUACCCAUGGUGGUUCAUGUUCUUCUUUGUAGACUGUUGAAUUUGACGAAAGGCUGUCAUUCUAAUGCGGAAUUGGCACUUCUUUCCCUCGCAUCCAGUGCAUCUCCUGGGGAAGCGACACUUAGUGCGUGUAGACUCUCCAUUAAUAGACGCCGAUUCAACGUGAAUGCAAUGACGGAUGUGGGUAUCCUUAGUUUUCUUGUCUGUGAUUGGUUUAGGUCCAUGUCGGCCCCGGCACUUAGUGUAGAAGCUUGUGAUGCCAUUGUUGAGUUCAAAAGAAAGGGACCAAAUGAGCGGAACUCUCUCCCGGAAGAAAUAGCCCGCAUCUUGAGUAGAUCUGUUCGACACACAUUGGGCAUGGUUGUAUCGGCGUUCUACGUAAUCUCUCUUCCAGUAAAACCCUCUGUUAAAUCGUACGCGUUUAGGUGUCUCGCGGACUCGUUUGCACACGCACAUGACCCUGUCAAAGUAAGACACAGUCCUGUUGAGCGUGAAUUGAUUUAUGAGUUCUUCCUCGAGUGGGCCGAUUCUAUCCAAGACCUCUACUUUAAUGUGAAUCGUGUCGACGCAAAGCACACAAAAAUUCGGAAAAUAGCGCUUGCUUCUUCUAUUGCCCUUGAGGACACUUUGCAUAGUGACUUUCGACAGCGUGCUCUCACUUUCCAUCCAGCAGAUCUUGUGGCGGAGGACAGUGAGGAAAAGUCGUAG